AUGGUGGAGAACGCCGCGAUGCCCACCAAGGCCAGCCUGGGGCUCGGCCCGGCAGGAGAGGGACCCCAAAAGGCUUCCGGAGGGGUCACCCAGCUUCGCUGGGGGGGGGCUCUGACCCGGCCCGGAGGGACCCCAAAAGGCUUUCAGGGGAGGUCACCAGCUUCCCAAGGGGGCUCCAUCCGGCCGAAGGGGACCCCAAAGGCUCCCGGAUGGAGAACCUGCAGCGGGCGCAGGCGGCGCGCCUCGAGCAGAAGCUGCGCCGGGCCGCCCCGACGGCGGCGGGAUCGGGGCCCGGCAGCGCCCAGCAGCCGCCCCCGCGGUCGGCGCCGGACCCCCGGGCCCCCCCUGCGGCCCCCCCGCUGGCGCUGCGCCUCUUCCCCGCCGCCGGCCGCGCCGUCGGGGCUCUGCCCGCAGUCCGCGCCCUGUCGCCCGGGGGGGGCCUCGAGGAAGACCAGGAGGGGUCCCACGAGGAGGAGGAGGAAGAGGAGGAGGAGGAGGAGGAGGAAGGCCCCGAGGUGGGGGUCCCGGCGGCGGGAGGGGAUCCCCGCUACGCCCCGCGCCCCGUCUCGCCCCCGCAGCCCCCGGCCGCGCAGCAGCAGCACGAGUGGACCCUCCCCGAGGGAGCAGUUCAAGCAGCUGUACGAACUGGACGGUGACCCCAAACGCAAAGAGUUCCUGGAUGACUUGUUUGGCUUCAUGCAGAAGAGAGGAACGCCCGUGAACCGGAUUCCCAUCAUGGCCAAGCAAGUGCUGGAUUUGUACACCCUCUACCGGCUGGUGACGGAGAAAGGGGGUCUGGUGGAAGUCAUCAACAAGAAGAUCUGGCGGGAGAUCACCAAGGGCCUCAACCUGCCCACCUCCAUCACCAGCGCCGCCUUCACCCUCCGCACGCAGUACAUGAAAUACCUCUACCCCUACGAGUGUGAAAAGCGGGCGUUGAGCUCUCCCGGGGAGCUGCAGGCCGCCAUCGACAGCAACCGGCGGGAGGGGCGGCGGCAGACCUUCGGCACCGCGCUGUUCAACUACUCCCCCGUGGGGACGCCGGCCGUCUUGUCUUCCCCCAAGCUCUCCGUGCCUGCCCUCACCAUCUCCACCCACAGCUGCAGCCAGAUCAGCCAAGUGCACAGCAUCAAGAAAGGUGUGCUGUUUGCCCGGCGAUCCAGCGUCACGGGCGGCUCGGGGGGCGCUCACGGCCACGGCAGCCUCGUGACGUCCCAGAGCCCGCUGCUGUCCGCGGCCUCUCGUGGCCACGCUCCGGCCAGCACCUCGGCAUGA